GGUGUCGCUGUGUCCCGCUCUUGGCGCGCCUUCCGCCCGGCGUCUCUCUGGUGUCUCCCGCGCGGUGUGAAGAUGGCUGUAUCGGGCGCUCUGCGGGCGGAUUUGGCUCGGGCGGUGGAGGGGAGUCAGGUGUUGGUGGUCGGGGCGGGAGGAAUCGGCUGCGAGCUGCUGAAGAACCUCGUGCUGACCGGAUUCACCCAACUGCAUGUGAUUGAUCUGGACACCAUUGAUGUCAGCAACCUGAACAGACAAUUCCUCUUCCAGAAGAAGCAUGUCGGCCGCUCUAAGGCUCAGGUGGCGAAGGAGAGCGUCCUCCAGUUCUGUCCUAGCGCUAACAUCACCGCGUACCAUGACAGCAUCAUGAAUGCAGAGUACGAUGUGGAAUUCUUCCGGAAAUUCACUCUGGUGAUGAACGCCUUGGACAACAGAGUUGCCCGGAAUCACGUGAACCGGAUGUGCCUGGCGGCGGAUAUUCCCCUGAUUGAGAGCGGCACGGCCGGGUACCUCGGACAAGUCACCGUCAUCAAGAAGGGUGUCACCGAGUGCUAUGAGUGCCGACCCAAACCCACCCAGAAGACCUUCCCCGGGUGCACCAUCCGCAACACUCCCUCCGAGCCCAUCCACUGCAUUGUCUGGGCCAAAUACCUCUUUAAUCAGUUGUUCGGGGAGGAGGAUGCCGACCAGGAGGUGUCACCAGACACUGCCGACCCCGAGGCCUCCUGGGAUCCCACAAAGGCCGCAGAGCGAGCUAAAGCCUCUAAUGAAGACGGAGACAUCAAGAGGGUGUCGACCAAGGUGUGGGCCCGGGACAUCAGUUACGACUCUGUGAAACUCUUCAAUAAGCUAUUCAAAGACGAUAUCCGUUACCUGCUGACGAUGGACAAGCUGUGGCGGAAGAGGACAGCUCCUGUGCCAUUGGACUGGGCCAGCCUGCAGGACGGCGAUAAAGACUCCGAACAGAAGAAAGAUUCCCCCGCCAUUGGUUUAAAGGAUCAGCAAGUGUUGGAUGUCGCCGGGUACGCAGAACUCUUCUCCCACAGUGUGAAGACAUUAUGGGGGCAGCUGAAGGAAAAGGGAGAUAACUCCUCACUUGUAUGGGACAAGGACGAGCCCCCAGCGAUGGACUUCGUUACGUCAGCUGCCAAUCUUCGGAUGCACAUCUUCAGCAUGAACAUGAAAAGCCGCUUCGAUAUAAAGUCCAUGGCGGGGAACAUCAUCCCGGCAAUCGCUACCACCAACGCCAUCAUAUCCGGGCUGAUUGUACUGGAGGGCCUGAAAAUCUUAUCAGGAAGUCUGGAGCAAUGCAGAACGGUGUAUCUGAGUAAACAGCCCAAUCCGCGCAAAAAGCUGCUGGUUCCCUGCGUGCUGGAUCGCCCCAACCCCGACUGCUACGUGUGCGCCAGCCGGCCGGAGGUGACAGUGAAGCUGAAUGUCCACAAGUUGACGGUGCAAUCGCUACAGGACAAGAUAAUCAAGGAGAAGUUUGGGAUGGUGGCUCCUGACGUCCAGAUAGAAGAUGGCAAAGGCACAAUCCUCAUCUCCUCUGAGGCUGGGGAGACGGACGCCAACAACAACAAGAUGUUGUCCGAUUUUGGCAUUCGGAACAACACGCGGCUCCAGGCGGAUGACUUUCUGCAGGAUUACACCCUCCUGAUCAACGUACUGCACAGGGAGGAUUUGGAGAAAGAUGUGGAGUUUGAAGUUGUGGGAGAUGCACCUGAAAAGGCUCCACCGCAACCAGCAGAAGGGGCCAGUACUACCAGUAUUACCAAUGGCAGCGAUGAUGGAGCACAACCCUCAACAUCCACAGCACCAGAACAAGAUGAUGUGCUGAUCAUGGAUUCAGACGAGGAGGCUCCGUCUUCCAGCAACUCUGAUGUCAACAUGGAGAGCGCCACUCUAAAGAGGAAGCUGUCGGAAGAUGAAGUCGUGAGCAGUAAAAAGAAGCGUGUGGAUCCAGCAGAGGAGCAGGAUGAUGACAUCAUUGCGCUGGACUGAGCACCCCCUGCACACUGCUACAAAUUUUCAUAUUUUGUUAUGUGACUUCUGUUAGGGUGUGUUAAACGUCUGUAGCUAGAACUCCCCGCCCCCUCGUCACGCCAUCCAAUCCAGCGGGCCUCUUCUUUUGCGAUUCUCUGCCAUUUGAAAGCCAUGAUUUAAUUAUGUGCUUGUGGCUGUUGUGUGCGGCGGGACCCCUUCUUCGGUUACACGUUUAGCACGCCAUACUGUGGUAUCCGGAUACGUUUUUUGUAUUUAUGUUUGUACGUAUUUUUUAUACCUAGGUUAGAAAAGGGACUUUCUAGAGCAGAAUGUUUCUCACACCCAACAAAGCGCAGCAUCACGUACCCUUGGCUCCCUGCAGGGGGGAGAGUUCUCCUGCAGUGACGGGUGCUCAGUACGUUACUGUAAGCCGGACGCUGUCCAUGCUCGGCAAGAACUGUGUGCUUUGUUUUCAGGUUAUUUAUAUUCCUUGUUUUGUAAAACUCAGUACUGCUCCUUACUGUAUCCUCUGAAAGGACCAAAUAAAAACACGUCUUGUAUAA